AUGAUUUUUGACCAAGAGAAUAUGUUUUUUGAUAAAGCAUCAAGUGGUGCGACAUCUAAUGUUAUUGCCAAUGUUGGCGGUGGUGAUGCAUCCGACCCUUUGUUUAUCACCGCUCAUGUUGACACACCCCAAACAGACGAAUUGACAUUGACAUUGCAAACAGCAACAGACAGUUCUUUUACCACCCCUAUUGAUAUGGCAUCUUACAAAGUGCCUGUUGGUGGUGUAGGUUUAGUACUCUCUGCAAAAAUGCCUUAUGGUGCAAAAGAUUUCUUACGUUUGACAUUGAGUGCAGGCACUGGCUCUUUGGCAGGUAUGGACACAAUCAAUUUUGAUUUAAUGUCAAUGAAUGAGCUUCGCAUAAUGCUGUAUGAAAAGGGCAUAGAAUACAGAGACGAUGCAACACGUGCGGAAUUAGUAGAGCUCAUCAAAAAGAACAGUUAG